ACUGUGAAAUUUGUCUUUAUCAACACAAUAAUGAACUGGACUAAUGCUCAGAGGUACUGCAGACAACACUACACAGACCUGGCCAGUGUCCGAAACCUGCAGGAGAAUGAGCAGAUUAGGACGAUGAAGCCUGGUGUGAUUGCCUGGAUCGGUCUUUAUAGAGACACCUGGAAGUGGUCAAAUGGAAAUCUGUACUUAUUUUACUACUGGGCAUCGGGACAACCUAAUGGUGAGACGGAGAAAUGUACCUCUGCAGACUUCAGCCUCUCUGGCCGGUGGAACGACUGGUCGUGUUCUUUGAAGAAGGCAUUUAUCUGCUACCUUGAUGCUGUGCCUUUCACGAAGCAAGCAGUGAAGCUGCAGCUAGUGGGAAACUCUGCUCUAGAUCUGAAUGACCCUGAUGUCCUGGAGAAGCUGCUGGAGGAGCUCAAACAGAAGGUGGAGGACCAGGGAGUGAGAGCAGACAUCAAACUGAGCUGGAAGAAAUGUCCCAAUGGAAAGACUUUCUGCAAGGAGAAGCAGAAGGACCAAAAUUAACCCAAU